AUGCCAUUAAAUAUUCUUGGUGCAGCCGUAUUUGACGGAGUCGAUUCAAUUCCUUAUUUAAGGCCAGUUUUAACAUGGUCGCCAUACUUGGCGUUUAUUGGAGCUAUCAAAUACUGGUCUGGGGGGCCAAGCAAUACAUGGGAACGUAAUCUACAUGGUAAACUUUAUAUUGUGACAGGUGGUACGACCCAAAGUAUGGGUACGUCUGUUGUUUUAGAUAUGGCCAGAAGAGGCGCCCAAAUGAUUGUUCUUUGCAGAAAAAUUGACGAGUGGUCAGAGGAAUGGUGUGAACAGAUGAGGGAGCUAACGGGCAAUGAGUUGAUUUAUUUAGAACAAUGUGAUUUAAGUGAUUUGUUUGAAGUCAGAAAGUUCGCCACGAAAUGGUUGGAUAAUGCGCCUCCUAGAAGAUUAGACGGUAUAAUAGUGAUGAGUGGCGACUGUGAACCAUGGGGUUUGAGGAAGAAGAAAACAAGUACAGAUGGCAUUGAAAUCCAAAUGGCGACUAACUACGCUGGUGUCUUCCAUCUCUUGAAUCUAAUGAAACCUAGUUUCAAGGCCCAGCCUCCAGAUCGUGAUGUCAGAAUUAUCGUGACAACAUGCUUUUUGCAGGCAAUGGGUAAAUGCAACGUUGAAGAUCCAUUGUGGUUGCACGCACCAUUCAAAAACUCUCGAGAGUUAUUUAGCAGUUCAAAACUUCAGCUGUCCUUGGCUAUGUUACAUCUACAACGGCUCUUGAUCACUGAGGCAGGCAAUAGUGCGAAAGAUGGUCGUAGUGGUAAAAAUGUCACGGUUACUGUUGUACAGCCUGGUCUAAUGAGGUCACCAAGUCUAAGAAGGGUCGUAAGCAAUGGAUCUGUCCUACUACUAUUGAUUCUCUAUUGCGUAAUACUUUACCCAUUCCUGUGGCUACUAACGAAAAGCGGCUAUCGUGGUGCUCAAACAAUUAUAUAUUCCAUAACCACUCCUGAGCUAGAAGAAGUGAACCGAACAGACGAUGAAGUGAAAUAUAUUGCAAAUUGCUCAAUUGUUAACUUUGCUAGGAAAGAGUUUUAUGAUAAAGAGCUUCAAGAGAAACUUUACGAAAACACAAUCAAACAGAUUGAAUCUGUGGAGAAGAAGAUGGCUGCUCAAAGAAACCAGGCAAGCAAGAAGGAAACAAAGGAUCAGAAAAAGAACACAAAACCAAAUCCAAAGAAGGCCUCAACGAAAAAAGAUUAG